CAUCCUUUUCAUCCAAAGGCUAAAGUCCCGAUUUUUAUUUCACUUUCUCUCUCUCUUGCUGCUUUUGGAAGAUCCGGUGCAGUUCUGACGCUGCCGUAUUAACUCUCCUCCGAAAUGUCUGCAUAUGAUAAUGUGGUUGGCGGGAAGUUGAAACUAAAGGGGAAGGCAUUGGAUGUAAAAGCCGCUGGAAUAAAGAAAAAGAAAAAGAAAGAAAAGAAGGAUUAUGAUCAAAUCUCCCAGGUUACAGGAAAGGAGCUUUCAACAGAUGGUGGUAGUGGCUCAAUAGGCGAUCCCACCAAGGAAGAGACUACUGAUGCCACUAAAUCUGUCGGUGAUGAAAAUGCUGGUCGCUGGGAUGAUAAUCUAACCCCUGCAGAGAGGCGCUACAUAGAACAAAGGGAGAGGAUUGACAUGCAUAAGAUGGCCAAGACUGCUAAUAAAUCACAUCGUGACCGAAUCGAAGAUUUCAAUCAGUACUUGGCAAACAUGAGCGAGCACUAUGACAUUCCCAAAGUCGGUCCUGGCUAAUUACGAACAAAUCAGAAAUUUGCUCCAUCUCUAUAUCUUGUUUAUCAUUAUUUUGCUUUAGCAUCUUCGAUAGCUACUCUUUUGCAAUUUGUAUUAUGUAAUUUAGCAGUUUCCUUUGUUAGAUGGUCUCUGCAUGGCAUGUUGACUUUUGAUGUUGAACCUAGCAAUAGUGUUUGCUCAAAAGUUUACAGAUUGUAUGUACUUAAAAUGAAAUGCCUGAACCAGUUUCAA